AUGACUAAAGAAGAAAGAAAUUUUGUAAUAUUAAAUAAUUUUGAAUCUACUAAUAUACAUUAUAAUACUGCUAUAAAACAAUAUGUAUCAAUGUUAAAUAAAACAUCUCGUACAAUUCCUAAUAUUUUAAAAAGUAGUUCAAGAUCACACAGGUUUUCUAAAACAGAUGUAACAAAAUUAAAUUACUCUUUGAAAGAUGUAACAAACACAGAACAUGUACCGGUUUUGUUUGUUCCUAAUACAGUACCAGAGCAUACUUUUAAUGAAAACACAUUAGUUAAGAAACAAACUGAACAUAAACAGGUAUCAAGGAGGAGAAAACAAGAGUUUAGCUUCGUAGAUAUUUGGCAUGAUUUACCUAAUUGGAGUAUUUGUUCCUUUGUUGAUGACAAGAAAAAAAUGUCAGACAAAGACUUCUGUAUAUCAACAAAAUUAGAAAAUUCUGCACAAAAGAAGAAGUUAAAACGUUACAUUAAGAAACAAAAUAAAAAACAAGCAAUUCCUGUUCUUAAAAACGAAGAAGAUCAUUUAUCUUCCAUGUCUCAAAAUGAUUGGACUUCUGAAUGUCAGCUUUUCCCAUUUUUGCAAGAAAUUGAGUCAAAUGAUUUACAAGAUACAAUUGAUUUCUCAAGCAAUGAAAUAUUUAAUAAAUUUAAUUAUGAAAUUUAUAAUAAUAAUAAUUCAGAUUGCUUCACAUGGUAUGUGAUGAACUCUGACAAAAUUUGUAAUUCAUUAAAUACAAAACAUAAUAGUAAUAAUUGUGAGGAAUGUGACAUAAAUGACAAUGAAGUUGAUACAUGUGAAACAGCAGUACAGUGGUCUUUAAUAGAUAACGAGCAGAUUGAAAAAGAUAGUUUAACAAGAAAAUCUGUAAUGUUUUCAGAAUAUCCUAGUGAAACUCUGUCAUUAUUCAGUGAUAAAAAAUCAAAGUGUUCAUCUAAUUCCUGUUGUGAUUAUUGCUUUGAUGAUUGUGUUUCAAACUGGAUUGCAACUAGUGGAACCAGUGCUUUUGCAAAAAAUAAAGUAUUAACAGAAACUUUUAAUGAAGUUUCACAGACUGAAUUAAAUAGUUCACAUUUGGAUAUUUCUAAAUAUAAUACAUAUUUAAGCAACGAUGCAUCAUUAUCUGAAACUGAAAGUUGUUUUCAAAUCAUAAAUGAUACCAAUGCAUCAUUAACAGAAAGUUAUGAAAAUGGAGAAGACAUAGAAGAAGAAAUGUUUAAACAAAGUACAUAUAUGAAACAACAAGAUGAGUAUAGUAUACCUAUGGAAGAUUUAUACGUCACAGGCACAGAACAAAUUGAAGACAAUGAUGAACAUAAUACAAACAAGAAUGAGUUUCAAUGCUUACUAUGUCCACUAACGUUUUCAAACACACGUACGAUGGCAAUGCAUCAAACGGCAGCACAUGGAGGUAUGUACAUAAUACUUUGUGAAAGUUGUGGUAGGCUUUUCAAUCGAAAAUAUCAUUUCAAUAGGCAUCUCAUUCAUUGCCGUCGCGUGAACGAUCCUUUCGAAUGCAACAUGUGUAUGAGGAAGUAUAGACAUAAAUCAUCAUUAAUUCAUCAUUUAAAAGUAGCGCAUCAUGUUCGUCAUAAUCGCAAUUGUUCGACAACAUUCACUUGUAGCGUGUGUAACAAAAGUUAUAGAAAAUUUGGUGCCUACAAGAAUCAUAUCACUAAGGCGGAAUAUUUCGUAAUGUUAGUCUCAUUUAAGUUCCUCAAUUUAAUUCAUGACAUUGAAUUAGAUUAUUGA